AUUGAACACCCGCAAAACUAUUUUCCAAGUUCUGUGUUUCAUACGAUCUUCCCCAGAGUUAGUGAGGAGAGUAGAGUUGUGAAGGGAGACAGAGAUGGGGUUGGGACGGCCCGAGACAUCCGGUUCGGUCGACCCAAGAGACACAACCGGAGAAGUGGGCCGGACCACAGCCGCAGAACCGUCCGGUUCACGGCGAUUCCCGCUGGCGGCUCAGCCGGAGAUAAUGAGAGCUGCCGAGAAGGAUGACCAGUACGCCUCCCACGUCUACGAAGCCUGUCGCGACGCUUUUCGCCAUCUCUUUGGGACAAGAGUUGCUGUAGCUUACCAGAGCGAGACAAAACUUUUGGGGCAGAUGCUUUAUUAUAUCUUAACAACAGGUUCAGGGCAGCAGACACUGGGUGAAGAAUAUUGUGACAUCACUCAGGUUGCGGGACCUUAUGGACUUUCGCCAACACCAGCCAGGCGUGCUCUUUUCAUUUUAUACCAGACUUCAGUUCCUUAUAUUGCAGAAAGAGUCAGCUCUAGAGUUGCGGCCCGUGGCAUAGCCAUUGCUGAUGCACAGGCUGAUGAGCUUUAUGGAAACAAUGUUCCUGGGAGCAGUCAAGCUCAGUCUUCUGCAAUUACUGAAAUUCCAUCUUCUUCGGCAUCAGGGGCAUCUCUUUCAGUUCUUUCAAGGUUGAAGGAGAGAUUCAAUCGAUCAUGGUUGUAUGCAGUUCAGAGGUGGCCUGUGGUACUUCCCUUAGCUCGCGAGUUCUUGCAAUUGGUUCUUCGUACUAAUCUAAUGUUCUUCUACUUUGAAGGCUUAUAUUAUCAUAUCUCGAAACGUGCAGCAGGCAUUCGUUACGUCUUCAUCGGAAAAUCAUUGAAUCAAAGGCCUAGAUAUCAAAUAUUGGGAGUAUUCCUUUUAAUUCAGCUAUGUAUCAUUGCCGCUGAAGGAUUACGGCGCAGGAAUUUAUCUUCUAUUGCAAGUUCAGUUCAUCGUACUCCCUUAGGGGCUCACCAAACUGCAACAGGGCAAGGUUUGCCUGUUUUAAAUGAAGAAGGCAAUUUGAUAGCAGCCAAUGCUGAUAAGGGAAGUUGGGUCUCUGAUUCCACAUAUGUAGAGUCUCAAGCAAGUGGGGUCAGCAAAUGCACGCUCUGCCUGAGUAAUCGCCAACACCCAACAGCCACACCUUGUGGUCAUGUAUUCUGUUGGAGCUGCAUUAUGGAAUGGUGCAAUGAAAAGCCUGAAUGUCCACUCUGCCGCACACCCUUGACUCAUUCAAGCCUAGUUUGUUUAUAUCAUUCAGACUUCUAGUACUUGACCAUGGCGAUCUCAGUAGCUAAUAAGCACAAUUGGAGAGCAAAGGGUUGGAGCCACGCAGCUGUCCUCUCUUGUACAAACAUAUGAUGCAUUUUUAAGCAAUCACUUACUCAUCUCAGAAUAAAGCUGAGCAGAAGCUGUAAUCCCCAGCAGGGUGGCAAUGAUUAUUGUCGUUUUAGCCAUCAUCAAGCAUCGCGAUCUCAUAAAGUGGUGGAGGGUAGAGACAUUUUUUCGUUAGAGCUUCUGGGGAAGGGAAAUGGGAGUGCCUCUUCCAUGAUUGGUUGGGUGAGUGGAAGUUCACUCCACAUCAAAGUCUACAUACUGGGCAAUGCUUUCUUGAGCACGUUGUUGUUGCAGGCUCCUCGGAUUUCAUCCAUGGCAAUCUUCAUCAGAUGUUUGGAAACUCAACUACGCCACGUGAAAUAAUUAACUUACGGGCACCCUUCGGAUCCAGUGCAUUGCUGGAUGGUUCUCUGGACAGGUUACUGAUGAUGGUCUCUGCCACGGGUUCGAGCCUGUUACAAGAUAUUUUUCUUCGGGCUCCUGAUUUGAGCAGCUUGUAUCACUCUCCCCUGUUAAGUUUUGGCUAGAGGUUUGACAUAGAUUUGGCCACUUCCCCUUCCUGGUUCUAGCUAUCCUUUUUUCUGUGCUUGUCCACACACUGGAAGAGAAAAUUUUCUUAGUCAAAUGCCCAUUUGGGUUGCAAUUGAACAAACAUUCUGUGCGACUCUCCUUUCGAAUUUAUGCCUUGCGAGAGUGAUGGGUAUUUAUCGGAUGGACUUCUGUUAAAUCCCUAAGCUUCUUGGACAUUAAAAUCCUAUUUGUAUAGAACUUUUAAACUCGAGAUUUGCAUUUU